AUAGUCCACACAUAUAUAAUUAUAUUAUUGAAAAGUAUUGCUUUGAAAGUGUCACAUUCAAUAUAAAAGUUACAAAUAUAAUAUAAUAUAUUAAUACAGUAAAACAUGAAAUAAACUUUUUAACAGAUUACAUGUGUCAUGUAUAUGUAAGAGGGGAUAAUUUAGCUGCAGUACUUAUAUCGGAUCAUGAGUAUCCCAGGAGAGUAGCUCACACAUUGAUUACAAAAGUUAUGGAUGAAUUUACUAUGAAAUAUCCAAUCUCAACAUGGGAAACUUUAAGUGAAGCAAUGACUGAUUUCUCACAGCUUAAUUUAUACCUAGCAAAAUACCAAAAUCCUAAUGAAGCAGAUGCUUUUACUAAAAUGCAAAAUGACUUGGAUGACACAAAAAUUAUUUUGCACAAUACGUUAGAGGCUGUCCUUCAAAGAGGAGAGAAGCUGGAUGAUUUAGUUUCAAAGUCUGAGGGACUUAGUGCACAGUCAAAAGCAUUCUAUAAAACUGCAAGGAAAACUAAUUCCUGUUGCAGUUUAGCUCCUUGAAAGCUUCUAUUAACAACAGAUUAUGCUGGUUGUACUUCAGCAACAAAUAUUUAUCAUUUUCUAAUGACAGUGCAUAAUGCAAAUAUUUAAUAUUAUAUGUGUUUCAUUCAAAGAAAUAAUUGGAAGAUGUUCUGGUUCUGUCAUGUGCAAAGCUGAUUAUCAAAUGUACAGAUUGUUUAUAUGUAGAAUGUAUGAUGACACUUAAAUGUUAAACCACUGCCGGUUUCACUCAGCCGAUUUUAAAGAAAUGAAAAUUAUUAUAUAUAAAACCUGUCUUGAUUUGUAACGUAUUUCUGCAAGAAUGUAUGAUCAAAAAGAAAACAAUGAAGUAGUAGAUUUAUACAUUUCAAAAUUCUAUUUAGUUAAAUUGAUAUCGAACUUCCAAAAAAUGUGGUACAAGUAGAUUUAAUUGAAAACACUUGACUGAAAAGAACAAGUAGAUAUUGUAGGAACAAUGUUCAGAUUUAUUUGUACACUAAAAUGAAAUGUGUUUGUGCAACAUUUUAAUUUGUAUCAUAUUAUAACCAUAAUGAGUAGGACUUUUUAUAUUACAGAUCUAUUUGCUCCUUAAUUGUCUCAUAGCAUAUCUUUUUAUGACAACUUAACCCAAGCACUUGAUCUGGCAAAAAUAUUUCUUUAACAUCACAAUAUGAUUAGAAUUUACUAUUUCUACAAAAACAUUUUAUUGUUGCAAUAUCAAUAGAAAAGGUUGAUUAUAUUGUUGCAGAUAUAUGUUUUGUAAACCUGUAGACUAAUGAUGAAUGAAAAUGUCUUGUACGUGUGUAAAUUAAUAUUGGUAAUUACUAUAUAUACAUAUAUACCGAAGCAUUUAUAUACGUACAUGUUAUGCAAAUUGUACUGUUACGAGGAAGAAACCUGCAAAUAACAAUUUCAAUCUUUGUGGA